GAGAGCCCAGCUUGCUCCGUGUGAGAACGAUAAUGUAGCUCUGGGAGGAGUGGAGCAGGAGGGGGAGAGAGCCGCGCACAGAAAGAAAACGGGAAUAAGGAACAAGCAAUAGUAUAAACUGGGUCCUGCAGGAACUGGACAGAACCAGGCAGAACACGCUGGAUGGACUUCCUCGUCAUGAUCUUUUCCAGUCCGUCUUUUAGGUGAUUCCGUCGGUCGCACACUUUUAAUGACCGUGCAGGUCUUUGGGACUUAUGAAUAAUAGGGGAGCAGACGAAGACGGCAACCAUAAAGCGGUCACGUUGGACGCUCUGUUCAUUAGAUAAUAAGCUGGACCACUGUUCCUGCCAUCGUUCAAAACGCAAGGCUAGCCUGUGGUUCAUCUCCAGUGUUUUUCCCCUGGCGUUUGCAGACACUGCUAUCUGGAAACAGGCCCGACAGUCUUCCAAAGCAGGAAUGAGUUACAUUUGUAACAAGCCAGUGUGGUAAUUGUUGCCAUUUCCUUGCUCGCAGAAAAGCCACUCUGCAUCUCUUUUGUCGUUUGCAUGGCUGGACGCACAGAUACUCUACCUUUCUGCUCCUGUCGAAGCCUUUGCUGAUCCUGGCCGGUCUCGUCUGCACAGUGGAAGAAACACCAUGCUUAUGUGCGCCCUCCUCAUAAUCCUACAGUAGUAUCUUACAGUAGUGUCUUGUCAAUCGUGCCCCCCCUCAUGCCAAAGAAGGACCGUAGAUCGUAGAGGCCUCAUUCGCUUUGCCCUUGUCACUUUACUCAGGCAAGUCACUUUUUCUUUUUUUUUUUGUUCUUUCUUCUGUGUUAUUCAGACCUGGAUAUGCGCUGGUGCCAGUAGCUCUAACUGAGCCCGACAGACAAGACUUCUCUAUGAUUUUUUUUUUUUUUUUUUUUGACAUUUUUCUGACAACUUUCCAACCUCCCGGCGUUUGAAGUUGAAAGUGCACAGUUGCCAAUAGGACCCCCUAUCUUUCUCGUCUCCCUCCCCUCUCUCCCCUCUCUUCUUCAACACUGGGAGAACUGUCAGCUUUAGGCUGCCCCCUCCCAGCCACCCCAGUUGUCAAAACGACAUUGUUGUUAAAGGUAUGGAGGAACAGGCCCGCAUUAUGUCGGGUCUUAUCGGACUAGCUGGACUGUCUCAGGGGGACGUGGUGGAUCCCGACGCCGUGCGGAAGCAGCAUAGCCUCGGACAGCCGCAGCAGGACAUCGGUGACAUCCUCCAGCAGAUCAUGGCCAUCACAGACGAGAGUCUGGACGAGGCCCAGGCCAGGAAGCAUGCAUUAAACUGCCACAGAAUGAAACCUGCCCUCUUCAGUGUGCUGUGCGAGAUCAAAGAAAAGACAGUCCUUAGUAUCCGAGGCAUCCAAGAAGAGGACCCACCAGACCCACAGAUCAUGCGACUGGACAACAUGCUAUUAGCAGAGGGGGUUUCGGGUCCAGAGAAAGGUGGAGCCUCUGCAGCGGCGGCAGCAGUUGCCGCUGCAGCCGGAGGGUCACCUAGCGACGGGAGCAUAGAGCAUUCAGACUACAGAGCCAAACUAGCCCAGAUACGACAGAUCUACCACGCUGAACUGGAGAAAUAUGAACAGAUUCACACCUCAACCUCUCUCACCACUUGUAUUCCCCUCCUUUCACAGGCAUGCAGUGAGUUCACCAACCAUGUUAUGAACCUGCUGAGGGAACAGUCCCGUACCCGACCCAUCUCACCCAAAGAAAUUGAGCGCAUGGUGGGAAUCAUCCACCGCAAGUUCAGCUCCAUCCAGAUGCAGCUUAAACAGAGCACCUGUGAAGCCGUCAUGAUCCUACGUUCCAGGUUCCUGGAUGCCAGGCGGAAGCGUCGAAAUUUCAACAAGCAAGCGACAGAGGUAUUGAAUCAGUAUUUUUACUCCCACCUCGCCAACCCCUACCCCAGUGAGGAGGCCAAAGAGGAGCUGGCCAAGAAGUGUGCCAUCACUGUGUCUCAGGUGUCUAACUGGUUUGGUAACAAGAGGAUUCGGUAUAAGAAGAACAUUGGAAAGUUCCAGGAAGAGGCUAACCUGUAUGCUAUGAAGACAGCUGUGGAUGCAGCGAGUGUAUCUUCGCAGGCUAGCCAAGCCAACUCGCCAGCCACACCAAACUCAGGCUCGUCGGGCUCCUACAGUCGGCCCAGCACAGGUUGUGCCCACUUGAGUUUGAACUCAGCCAGUGGGGUGGGAUUAUUUCUCAACCCCUCAGUGCAGCCUCAGGAGGAUACCCAGCCCCGUGUUACACUCCUGACGGGAGGUUAUGAGGACCUGCCUGGAGGAACUCUCUUCCCCCCUCACUGUCUCCAUGUUGAUGAUGGCUGGCAGGACAGCGCUGACCCCGCCUCCCUCACCCCCCCGCCCAGGGCACCAGGCAGCGUGCACUCUGACACCUCCAACUGAGGCUGUACCUUCCCAUUCCUGAUUUUGUCCCCUCACCCUGCUGCCCUGUGCUGUUCCUUACACUAACACGAACCCAAGCUGUAGUCAGACCUCGUCAAGCCCAGCAACAAACGGUCACUCCCAAAAGUCCCCGGUCUUUUACCCCUUUCACAAGUUAGUCCAUGUCUUGGCACCACUAUCCUUUUUCUUCUUUUUAUAAUCACUCACCAUGUUUUUUCUUCUCUCAUUUUUUAAAAGAUAAAUCUAGUGACUGAUGUAGAGAGGAUUUUUUCUAAUACUGUUUCACUACAACAGGGCGCCUGCCUGUGCGUGGCCUGGAGCCAGAUGUGGAUUCAUCAUUUUAUUUCAAAGAAUGAAAAAAAAUGGUUUUAAUGGAAAAAAGGCAAAAAAUAAAUAAUAUGUUACUUGUCUUCCAUGCAUGUAGUCCUUUUUAGAUGUUUAGCUAUGAUUGUAUUUUUCUUUUUUCUUGGACUUUUUUUUAAAAAAGGUUGCUACAGAGAAAAAUGUAUAGGUACAACAAAAACUUCUAAAUGGCAGAAAUAACCAAAAAUAAAUAAACACAUUGUAUGUCAGUUAUUACA